UCGUCGCGGGAACUCGUCGCCUGUUGCCGCCCAAAGUUCGGCAGCGUAUUCUAUUUUCAAAGUAAUUGAAAACUUUAAGCUUCUUAAUUUUUACAUUUUAUUUAUUGAGUGAAAUUGAGUUUUUGGGUGAAGUGCUUACAGAGAUUUUGUGACUUUGCUGAGAGGGGAUGUAGUUACUUCAGGCCGAAAAAGAUCAUGAACUAAGUCAACAUGGAGUCUACAGAAGACGAAUUCUACAGCAUAUGCCUGAAUUUAACCAGCGAAGAAAUCGCAAACAUCGGAGGCUGUAACUACAGUGCCGAAUUUGAAAAUGGAGAACUACUUGAGAAAGUCGUUUCUAGGGUUGUGCCAAUUUUCUUUGGUUUCAUCGGAAUCGUUGGCCUCGUUGGAAAUGCGUUGGUUGUUCUCGUAGUUGCUGCAAAUCCUGGCAUGAGAUCUACAACUAACCUCUUGAUUAUAAACUUGGCUGUUGCUGACCUACUCUUCGUUAUCUUUUGCGUUCCGUUCACGGCUACAGAUUAUGUGAUGCCGAGGUGGCCCUUCGGGGACUGGUGGUGCAAAGUCGUUCAGUAUUUCAUAGUUGUCACCGCUCAUGCAUCAGUUUAUACCCUCGUGUUGAUGUCUUUAGACAGAUUCAUGGCAGUAGUACACCCCAUAGCAUCUAUGUCAAUAAGAACAGAGAGAAACGCGUUACUAGCAAUAGCUUGUAUAUGGGUGGUAAUUUUGACAACUGCAAUCCCCGUGGGCAUCUGCCACGGUGAGAGAGAAUACUCUUAUUUCCACAGAAACCACUCUUCUUGUGUGUUUCUUGAAGAGCUGGGUUAUAGCAAAUUAGGCUUUCAAAUGUCGUUUUUCCUUUCAUCAUAUGUCAUACCUUUGGCCCUCAUUAGUAUUUUGUAUGUGUGUAUGUUAUCGAGGCUGUGGAAGAGCGCUCCUGGAGGCAGAGUAUCUGCAGAGAGUAGAAGAGGGAGGAAGAAAGUGACCAGGAUGGUGGUGGUCGUAGUUGUAGUGUUUGCUGUUUGCUGGUGUCCUAUCCAGAUAAUCCUGCUGGUAAAGGCGUUGGACGCUUACAAUAUCACUUACUUCACGGUGACGGCGCAGAUAGUGUCCCACGUGCUCGCCUAUAUGAACAGCUGUGUCAACCCCGUGCUUUAUGCCUUCCUCUCGGAGAACUUUCGCAUCGCAUUCAGAAAGGUAAUGUACUGCCCACCUCCUUACUCCGACCGGAUAGGGCGUGGUCAGCCCACUAAGACAACAAGGACUGGAAAUGGGAACUCUUGUCAUGACAUCGUGUGAGAGUCGUUGCGCAGUCGCACGCAUAUCGCCGAACAGGCGACCAUCGUUUAAAUGUGCGGCUGUUUGAUUGACUUUUAUAUUGAAACCUUCAUUUCUGUUUCUCAGCAAAUGUCAAACAAUUGUAUGCGUUUGAUGUACUGAUCCUUUAGAUAGUCAGGAUUGCUUUGUUAAAGAAUAGCUGAUAAUUGUUUAUAGUCAUUUGUAUAAGUCUAUGUUAUCGUCUAAGAGAAGAGAAUUAUGGUGUGUGUUAAGUAAUUCGUUUGUUAAACUAAUCUGGGCCGCUAGGGGUCGCUACGUACAAAGUUUGGAGUAAGACGCUCACAAACUUUUAUCUACUUAUCAAGAGAACUCUUCGAUUUAAUCAAUAAGACCGUAGUUUAUUCAUAAUUAUAGUUUCUUUAUUUUAGAAUUGACCGUUAAUGAUGAUUAUACGCUUGUGAAUUAGGUGUAUAAAUGUCUGUAAUUUUGUAGAAAAACUAUUAGAUAAAUAUGUAAUUUGAAUGCCUGUGUAAAUAAUGUGUAGAUAUAAGCUGUUAAGCUAUGUAAAUUGUAAAUAUAUUAACUUGAAUCCAUAUUUCUGAGCCCAAAUAUGGAUUUAAGUUGAAAUUGUGUAAUGUUAUAACGUAGAUUGUGUAGCUUACAUCGAAGUAAAUGGAAUAAAUAGAAAAUUUUGCAAAACGUGGCAUAUUAUGCAUAAAAUGCGUUUUAAUCAGAUUAAUAUAUUAGUAAACUGUUGUAUAAAUUAUAUCUUAGCUCCAUUUAAGUGUAUCAAAUUUAAAUAUUUUAAAAUGUGCAUGAAAUAUCUGUUACUUGAAUAUUAUUCUCUUAUGUAUAUAUUUGUUAAAAUGGAUACAAUAAUGCGGUUAACAUUAUAUU